AGAUCAAUAUGUUUUUUCUCACGCUUCUGUUUUAAAUAAUUUGUUUUUGAAGGAGUGACCUAUUUAUAAUAUCAAAAAGCGGUGCAUGUUCAUGUCUUGAAGGAUGAAUAUUUUGAUUCUGUUGGCAUGCUUAUAUGGCUGGGCUUAUGCUCAAUCAAAUCUUGAAUGUGGGAUCAGUAAGUACCCGGAUGCAGGUUCAGGAGGAUCAGGUAAUCCAUCAGAGCACAUCGUCGGUGGUAUCAUCUCCAGGAGACAUGAAUUCCCGUGGACUGUAUUGAUGAACUGGAGAAGUGGUAAUAACUUCCAGCAGAAUUGUGGGGGCACACUUAUAGACAAUAGAUGGGUCAUCAGCGCUAGGCAUUGCGUGUAUGCCAACGACCCUCCUACUGACUACCAACUGUGGCUAAAAACCAACGUGAGGACUGACCCCAAUGGCAAUCGUGCUGAGGACGGCGUCAUGUAUGUCCCCGAGCUUAUUGUUAGACACCCCGAAUAUGACUCAAACUCGUAUGAGAACGACCUUGUAAUGUUCAAGCUACCACAGAAUGUAACUUUUGAUGAUGACCUGAGGCCUGCCUGCCUGCCGCCUCUCAACGAUGCUACUAACUGGACUGGGACCAUUGUAACGCACAGUGGCUGGGGGAACACAGAGAGAAACGGUCCUGCCACACCCGAACAACGCUAUACAAAUAUGCAAGUCAUCAACUACGACACGUGCUGGCUUGAGACGCUGCCCGACGCCAUUGGCUCUGAGGAACGGACGCUGUGUGUGCGAGGAAAUGGCACAGACGCUGGGGAUGGUGACAGUGGUGGACCGCAUGUUACUAAAGUAGACGGAAGGUGGACGCUGAUAGGAGUCCAAAGUUGGGGCUAUUGGCCAGCAGGGGUACGACCCAGCAUGAUCAACAAAGUAUCCGCUGCACUACCGUGGAUUAACGAAGUCCGCGCAAACAAUUAGUACUUGGAACCAAGAAUAAAUAUUUGCGAAAACAAUUAGUCCACUCGGAUCCAAUUAUAAAUAAUGAUUAAAUGGUUUGUGUAUGUCAAUACAUAAUGUAUUUAAUAAAUUAAAAG